CCGACGUUCGUAACAUGCCCAAAAAGAGCGCAUUCAGAAUUUGCAAACAACGCCAUCUCCAUUUCACCUUUCGUCAUCCACCUUGGUCCACUUUCAUAUUACUCAGCCCUACGAAGCUUCAUAAAGCCCCCGACCUCCAUCCAUUAGCUUCGCCAAGUCCCAUUCCGAACAACGUAACGCAUGUCUUCGCUCCUCGGUCGCAUCUUCCGUUCCCUCAACACCCAGACCUCCAAAAUGUCCACUACCGCCUUCCCUUCCAGCCCCGUCACCGUCCCCGAGGGCGCCGAGAAGGCCACCGUCGCCGCCGGCUGCUUCUGGGGCGUUGAGCACCUCUACCGCAAGCACUUUGCCGACAAGGGUCUUUACGAUGCGCGUGUCGGCUACAUUGGCGGAGACGCCUCCAACCCUUCCUACAAGCAAGUUUGCUCUGGCAACACUGGCCACGCCGAAGCUACCCUUCUGAUCUACGAUCCCACCCGUCUCUCCUACACCCAAAUCCUCGAGUUCUUCUACAAGAUGCACGACCCCACGACGCACAACCAGCAGGGGCCCGAUCGCGGCGCGCAGUAUCGCAGCGGUAUCUUCUAUCACAAUGAUGAACAAAAGAAGGUUGCCGAGGAGAUCACCAAGAAAGCCAACGAACAGUGGUGGGGUGGCAAGAUCGUCACUGAGAUCCUCCCAGCCAAGGAGUGGUGGGAUGCCGAGCAGUAUCACCAGCUGUACUUGGUGAACAACCCCGAUGGGUACGAGUGCCCCAGUCACUUCUUGCGCAAGUUCCCUGAGCUCAAGUAGGCUCUUGGGUUUUGAGCAAUUGUGCCGCCCUGAGCGCGCACCAAACCGAGUUCUGGGCGUAGCAAGAGUGCGCCCAGCACAAUCUGGGGAUGACUUUCGGGCAGGAUCCGGAUGAGACAUGAUGGGAUGGUAAUUCAACACAGCGGGAUCCCGGACAACAUACACGGCAUGGGCGGAUUUAACAUACUAGCGACAACAUUGCAUCAGGCGGCGUUUGGGACGGCAGAAACAUGUUGGGUUUUG